AUGACUUCUCACGGUGACAAAGUCGACGCACCUCUCGCAAAGAAUCGCAAACCCGGAUCGCUCGAAGAUAUGAGACAUCAGGGCAACCUAUCGGAUUGUCUGACUGUUGAAGUUGACUGUUCAUCCCUGGGCUCCAACGAAUGCCCAUCCAUGAGCUCGAGUUUCUCCCCGCUGGACUCGCCAACACCCACCCCGACAAGCAUCUAUAGCCACGGUUCGCUGGAAUCGCCCGGGUGGCAGGAAGGAGGAUCGUUUCCCCAUCACAUGUACGAACGACACACCGGUUCCACGCAAAUGCGUAGUGCCUUUCGCCUUGCUAGUAUGGCUUCAAGCGAGAACAUGGCACUCCCCUAUGGCAACAUGGAAGCACCGGAACGGAUGCCGAUGACUGACUUUCUCGCCGGUUACGACGAGAAUAUUGAGCAGCUAUGGAUCCCUUCUCAUGCGCCCAAGACUUACGACCACGCUGCACAAGGACUUUCAUAUCAACAUGCGAUGCAGCAAUAUCCUGCGAUGACUCGCAACAACUAUCGUCACCACCAUGCGGCCUAUCUGCCGGAAUCCACAACCAAUCCAUGCCUAUCUCGAUCGAUCUUCCACCAUCCGGAGCGUGUUCCUACUUCGAUGUCCAUGGGCAACAUGUCUUGGAUGCCACUUACAGACUCCAUUGCACCCCAAACGAUCGCCCCAUCGCAAGUCGCCCCUGUUACUCCACCGCCGUCAUACACAGAGUUUCCGACCUCUCUUAGUGUCUUCAAACAACACAGCCCCACUACACCUGUGCGUUCAUGCUCCCUCGGUACCGCCUCCGGGGCAGACACCCCAAUGAGCCGCCUUUCGGGUGGCCCAGCUGAAUACAUGGACGAUUUCCAGCAGUCUCCCGUGUAUCGGGACGGCCUUCAACGCCCACACCGUACAGGGUCCAGAAAGGUGGCGCGAAAGCAGAGCUCCAAGCAGAACCUCAUGUUGGAGAAUUUACCGCCUAUUAUCAAGCAGGUCCAGUUUAAAUGCCGGGAACCUGGCUGCAAUGGUCGUUUCAAACGACAGGAACACCUCAAGAGACACAUGAAGAGCCACUCUAAGGAGAAGCCGCAUGUGUGCUGGGUCCCCGGGUGCCACCGCGCCUUUUCGAGAAGCGAUAAUCUUAAUGCUCAUUACACCAAGACUCAUAGCAAACGGGGCGGGCGUAAUCGAUACGUGGCCACCCUGGACGAAAAUAGUCCUGAUUACGAUCCAGACUUCCGAGGACAGCUAACGCAAGACGGUCGCCCGAUAUAUGGAUCGAAGCUUGAAGAUCCCAUCCCAAGCGCCCGAGACCUUAGCGUGGAUGCCUGGGAAGAGUAAAAGGGCCUCUAGAAGGUCUGAUCUGCGUGGAAAGCAAUAUGAUACCCGCUAGCUGAAUGCUAUGCCAAGUUUCCUUAUGUCUUUAGAUGGGCACCGUCACACUCGACCAGACAAG